ACUCCACCGUCUCAUUCGGGAGCUCUUAGUCUUUUGCGCACAAACACAACUGUGGGUUUUAGAAAAGUACAAAAUGCUCGCAGGACUGCUGCUGCUUCUGCUGGAGGUACCGUUAACUUGGGGUCAAACAGCUGAAGGCACCUUGCUGGGAUAUGAAGAUAACAGCACAACCCAGUCCCACAAAGCUUUUAAUUUCAGUGCAAAUGGAACAUUUCUCAUAGAAAAUGCUGACCACAAUGUGACUCAAGAAAGUUUCCAGAAUCAGAAGAACAUCUAUAACUACAGACACUGUAAUGAAACACUUCUGAUGAUGAAUGUAGAAAUUUGCUGGUAUAAAAUAUUUCAUCCAAACAUGACGGCACUGGGGGAGGAAAACUGGUGUAACUGGGACCUGGUGAUCGGGUAUUAUACCUUUUUGACAUUGUGUUUGGAGCACUUUUCUGAAGAAUCAUACUGUUACUUUCCGGGCCCCAUAAUACAGAAGCUGUUUGUGGACAUCCAUAAGCAGUACUUCAGCUCCUGUAGCACUACGGAAGAGGAUUUCCCCAACUCACCGCUGAGUGUGGUGCUCAUUCUCACCCUCCUGCCCGUCAGCAUCAUUCCCAUUGCAGUCUUCAUGGUCAUCUGGAAGAACAAUGUUAAGGACUGAGCAACACUAACACACACAAUUGCACAUAACUUAA